UUAGAAAUCAUAUGGUGAAUGAAAUAAGGAGGGGCGACGCAGUUUUGGUGUAUAUACUUAGGAUGGGAAAUUUAUGCCCUUGUUGUCCUUGUUGGAAGCACUCGCGUUUAGAGGAAGGCAAGGUGCGCUAUGGCAGCACUAAAGAAGAUAAAUGUCAACUCACCACUUCCAAUGAGAAGGAAAUGGACGACUGCGCAGAUGGCAAACUAAACGAAGCCGUAACAUCAGAUAACACACACGAUGUCCUGGACGAGCUCGUGAGGUUAACAAAAUACACGUUAGAAGAGCUCCGAGAGUGGCACAAGAUGUUCAUGGAGCAAAACCCUGAUGGUAAGAUGAGGAAGGAGGGUAUAGAAGACCUGUUCCUGCAGAUGUUCCCGAAAGGCAACGCGGCAAAGUUCGCGCGGAACGUUUUCAGGACGUACGACGUCGACGGGGACGGCCAAAUCUGUUUCAAGGAGUUCAUUCUCGGGAUCUCGGUGACUGAUCGCGGGACGGUGGAGGAGAAGUUGGAAUGGGCGUUUGCUAUUUACGACAAGGACGGCAGUGGAUACAUCGACAAGGAGGAAACUCUUGAUAUUCUUUUGAGCGUCCAAGAAAUGCAAGGCAAAACCAACAAGAAGGCGGCUGAGAAAGUGGUGAAAAGAGUUUUCAACAAAUUUGACGUUGAUAAAGAUGGGAAACUGUCGAAAAAGGAGUUUCUUGACGGUUGUGCCAAGGACCAGUCAUUGGUGUCACAUCUGAAAUGGGCCGGAACUGAGAAUUAAGUAAGAGAAUGUCAGGAAAAUUAUGCCCAUUGUUCUUGCGAACAUUGUCAUUAAUUAGUCAAUGGAACGUUUGGAGAUGGCACAUGGGGCGCCCUCCGCCGCCUUUCGUCGGAGAGGAAUGAUUUGUCAUGGCACCUCUCCGCAAAUACAUGUAACUACUUCUAGUCAACAGGGCCUCACAGGCACGGACCCAGAGGGGGCGGACGGGACUUACGCCCCACUCCCCCUUCUUCUGGCAGACCAACCAUUUAAAUUUUACUCCCAAGCAUUUUUCACCAGUUUAUUGACUGAAAUACGGGAAAAAUGGAUUAGAGAGCGUCUACACGUACUUUUCAAAUUAAAUGAUAACCCCAGCUGUGACGUAUGAACUCUCGGGAGCGAUUCCCAAUGGGGAGGUUUCGCAAAUCGCCAAAAAUCUCAACGUGAACGCCUGUCACGUUGUUCGACCUCCUGAUAAAUAUGUCGAACAAUGGGAUAGGCUUUCACGUUGACGUUUCAGUGGGGUUGCGAAAACUCCCUAGUGACUGCAGAACUAAUAUACUGGUACUACUAUCUUGUCUGGUAUGGCUUAUUUGAAUUUAACUCUCAAUAAUGAUAAUAACAAAUAAUUAAACGGAUAAAUUAUAUUAAUAAAUAUAUUGUCCAAAAUGUUUUUUAAGAGUUAGAGAGUUUACUCAACUGCCUUUGACGUUCACGUAGACACACUCGCCGAAAAAAAACUGCAAUGAUUAAGGCGAAAAUCCUUUUUAAACUUUUGAAAUAAAAAGAGGUACGGGAAGUCCAGUAAUUACGUGGAUGAGCGAUUUCAGCGCAUUCAGAUUCAAUGGCGGCCAAUCCAAGCAGUGAUAGUACGACCGACUCAUCACACUCGUAUCACUGCGCCGGAGUAAGAGCAGUGGAAAAAGAUCGUUUUUAAAAUAGACUGACAGCGUCUCAACUUUUGCUUUUUUUGUGCAUUAGAGUGUUUUCCAGAAGAUGAUGGACUGAUUGUGCACUCAAAUGCUCUACUGUUCAUACAGAAUCCGUAAGUUAUACCAAUUCACAGACAUUUUGGACCUUUGUCCUUUGUGGUCUGAUAAAUUCACAUACAUCUAUAUCAUAAUACUAUAAGGCGGCUCGCUAAAGUGCCAUUUAGGGGUCGUGUUUCGUCUCGAAAUUUUGCACGUUUGCAGGUGAUAUGUUAUCCUGAUGCAACGUCAUGUUUAUUUUCGGAAAUUUACUUCAGCGGAGCAGUAAUGAGGGAUUUUUAAUCGGACACGGUCAAUUCUCCUUACCACUCACGGAAGCCAAGUCAUUGCUGUUUAGUUAUGCAGGGGAUUAAUGAAUCACCUGCACUCCCUGUGGGGUGACUAACACUACCGGCCUGUUGAACGGCUGGCUGG